AUGACGGACCAACAGCGCGAUGUCUCUCAGUACAAGUACUCGGCGAUGUCCAACCUGGUCCUCCAGGCGGACCGUCGAUUUGUUACACGGCGCAACGAUGAGGUCACAGGAGACCCGGAAUCACUUGCGGGGCGGUUGAGCAUUAGGGACAUGGGCUCUCGAAAUGCUCGUGACAACAUCCCCAAGCAAAAGAAGAAGGCCUCAGGGCUGCCAGAUGUCGAGCGAGGAGGCCUCCAGGAAGGUCAGGAUGUUCUGGAGCGGGAGCAGCGCAAACGAAAGCGCGGCGAGCCAGCACAACUUCGAGGGACUGGAAUUCUGUCGGCAGCAGAUGCAUUGGUGGAGGGCAUUGUAUACCGACCCAGAACUUCUGCCACACGAGCCACGUACGAUCUGAUUCUUACGACCGUUGCCAAUAACUUAGGAGACGUUUCACACGAAAUUGUUCGUAGCGCUGCGGAUGCAGUUCUGGAAUAUCUGAAGGACGAUGACAUGAAAGAUUUGGACAAGAAGAAGGAAAUCGAUGACCUUUUAGGCACAACCUUGAACCCUAAGCAGUUCAAUGAACUGGUGAACCUCGGCAAAAAGAUCACCGAUUACGAUGCUCAGGACGAAGACGAGGUUAUGGGUGAUGGAGAAAAUGGCGUGGAAGAUGGAGCAGAGAUAGAUGAUCGCCAGGGUGUGGCGGUCGUUUUCGAUGACAACUCUGAAGAUGAAGAUGGUCAAGAGAUGGUCAACGAGGUCCGCGACGAAUCGUCUGAAGAUGAAGGCGAUAUCGAAGACCGUCCAGGUUUGGAGGAAGUCGCAACAGCUGGUGGUUCUGGGGAAGACAGAGAGGAGGAGGCCGAGGAGCUUCCAGAAGAUGAGGCAGUGAUCAUAGACUCUGCCCCAAUCGAUGGUGGCAGCAGUAAAAACAAGGAUAAGAGUUUCAUUCCUACUCGCGAGAUCGACGCCUACUGGCUUCAACGACAGAUUGGUUCUAUUUACUCGGAUCCGCACACUCAACAGGUCAAGACUCAAGAAGCUCUGAAGACUCUAUCCGGAGCACCAGAUGAAGAAGGGGGCGAGGAAAAACCCCUGAGAGAAGUCGAGAAUGAUCUAGCAGAACUCUUUGAUUACGAAAAUCACGAACUUGUCCAUAAGCUUAUUGCCAACCGAGAUAAGGUUGUCUGGCUUACGAAAUUGGCUCGGGCUGAGGAUGCGGAGGCUAAAGGUGUGGUUGAGCGAGAAAUUGCAUCCGAAGGCCUGCGGUGGAUUCUGGAUGAACUUCGAGGAAUAGCUCCUUCUGGCGAUGGUUCGAAGAAGCGGAAACUUGAGAUCAAGAUGGACAUCGAUGUUCCAGCUUCAUACAUGAACGGCAGUGCUAAAGCCGAGCAUGCUGGCGACGGGGCACUUGUCGGAGGCUUACAGCCGCGGAAACUCAUCAAUCUCGAGAACCUUGUUUUUGAUCAGGGAAACCAUCUCAUGACGAAUCCCAAAGUCACGCUUCCACAGGGAUCUACUAAACGUACCUUUAAAGGCUAUGAAGAGAUUCACGUUCCUCCCCCAAAGAAGCGCAAUGAGCCUAGCGAUCGAGAUAUUCCCGUCACAGAGAUGCCGGAAUGGGCUCGUGUCCCUUUCAGCUCCGCUACCAAACUGAACAAGAUCCAGUCCAAAUGUUUUCCCCAAGCUUUCAACGACGAUGGCAAUAUGCUGAUUUGUGCUCCGACUGGCAGUGGAAAGACAAAUGUUGGUAUGCUCACGAUUCUUCGAGAAAUUGGCAAGAACCGCAAUCCGGAAACUGGAGAGAUCAACCUGGAUGCUUUCAAGAUUGUCUACAUUGCUCCUUUGAAGGCAUUGGUUCAAGAACAAGUUGGCAAUUUUGGUGCCCGCCUGAAACCCUAUGGCAUUCAAGUUUCCGAAUUGACUGGUGAUCGACAACUCACAAAGCAGCAAAUUGCGGACACUCAGAUCAUUAUGACUACACCUGAGAAAUGGGAUGUUAUCACCAGAAAAGCUACAGAUCUAAGCUACACGAACCUGGUGCGACUUAUCAUCAUCGACGAGAUUCAUCUACUGCAUGACGACCGUGGACCGGUGCUGGAAAGUAUCGUCAGCCGGACAAUCAGAAAGCUGGAGCAGACCGGCGAUCCCGUCCGCCUAGUAGGUCUCUCAGCCACGUUGCCCAAUUACCGCGAUGUUGCAAGCUUUCUCCGGGUUGACCCUGCAACGGGUAUGUUCCAUUUCGAUGGCUCAUACCGCCCUUGUCCCCUUCGCCAGGAGUUCAUCGGCAUUACCGAGAAGAAGGCCAUCAAGCAGCUAAAGACCAUGAAUGACAUAACUUAUACCAAAGUCCUUGAGCAUGUUGGGACGAACCGGAAUCAAAUGAUUAUUUUCGUCCACUCCAGAAAAGAAACUUCGAAGACUGCACGUUAUAUCAGAGACAAGGCUCUGGAAAUGGAGACCAUUGGACAAAUUCUGAGAAGCGAUGCCGGCAGCAGAGAAGCUCUCAAUGCUGAGGCAGAGUCCGUGAACGAUCGAGAAUUGAAGGACUUGCUUCCGUACGGGUUUGGCAUCCACCACGCUGGAAUGAGCAGACCGGAUCGAACUUCAGUUGAGGAUCUUUUCAACGAUGGUCUGAUCCAAGUACUCGUGUCUACUGCCACUUUGGCAUGGGGUGUGAACCUGCCAGCCCAUACUGUUAUUAUCAAAGGCACCCAAGUCUACUCGCCCGAAAAAGGUAGUUGGGUGGAGCUCAGCCCACAAGAUGUUCUUCAAAUGCUUGGCCGAGCUGGUCGUCCCCAGUACGACACCUAUGGAGAGGGAAUCAUCAUAACCACGGCGACAGAAAUGCAGUACUACCUCUCACUUCUCAAUCAGCAACUGCCCAUCGAAAGUCAGUUCGUUAGUCGCCUUGCAGAUAAUCUAAACGCCGAAGUUGUUCUUGGUAAUAUCCGCAGCAGAGAUGACGGCGUUGAAUGGCUUGGUUAUACUUAUCUCUUUGUUCGCAUGCUGCGUUCACCAGGUCUGUACAGUGUUGGUGCCGACUACGAGGAGGACAGUUCUCUGGAGCAGAAGCGUGUCGAUCUCAUUCAUUCUGCUGCUGUGGUACUCGAGAAAUCCAAUCUCAUCAAGUACGACAAGAAGACUGGCAAAUUACAGCCGACGGAGUUGGGACGCAUAGCAUCCCACUACUACAUUACCCAUAGUUCGAUGCUGACCUACAACCACCAUAUCCAACCGUCAAUCACCCCAAUUGAGCUCUUCCGAGUAUUUGCUCUGAGCGAUGAGUUCAAGUAUAUCCCUGUCCGCCAGGAUGAGAAAUUGGAACUUGCCAAACUUUUGGGCCGCGUUCCUAUCCCAGUCAAGGAGAGCAUUGAGGAGCCCCACGCUAAAAUCAACGUACUCCUGCAAGCCUACAUAUCACGCCUCAAGCUCGAAGGUCUUGCCUUGAUGGCUGAUCUGGUCUAUGUCACUCAAUCGGCUGGACGAAUUCUCCGAGCCAUAUUUGAGAUUACCUUGAAGAAGGGCUGGUCCUCAGUUGCGAAGACAGCGUUGCAGCUUUGCAAAAUGGCCGAAAAACGAAUGUGGCCUACCAUGACACCGUUGCGUCAAUUCCCGUCGUGUCCGAGGGAUAUCAUACAGAAGGCAGAGAGGAUUGAUGUACCAUGGUCAAGCUAUUUUGACUUGGAUCCGCCAAGAAUGGGAGAGCUUCUUGGCAUGCCCAAGGCCGGUAAGACCGUGUGUAGUCUCGUUGCCAAGUUCCCAAGAGUCGAAGUCCAGGCUCAGGUUCAACCCAUGACUAGGUCCAUGUUGCGGAUUGAGCUCACAAUUACCCCGAAGUUUGAAUGGGACGAGGAGAUUCAUGGAACUGCGGAAAGCUUUUGGAUUCUUGCCGAAGACUGUGACGGAGAGGAUAUAUUGUUCCAUGACCAAUUCGUUCUUCGAAAAGACUUUGCGACAGCAGAGAUGAAUGAGCAUAUCGUCGAGUUCACGGUACCCAUUACGGAACCCAUGCCACCGAACUAUUUUGUUACGGUUACUUCGGACAGAUGGAUGCACUCAGAGACGAAGCUUGCAGUUUCGUUCCAGAAGCUGAUUCUCCCAGAGAAAUUCCCGCCGCAUACUCCGGUGCUUGAUUUGCAACCUUUGCCUGUUGCUGCGUUGAAGACGGAUGACUACCGAGCGCUCUAUCCUAAGUGGGAACGCUUCAAUAAAAUACAAACCCAAACAUUCAAUUCGCUAUUUACGACCGACGAGAAUGUAUUUGUUGGCGCACCUACCGGCAGUGGAAAGACUGUAUGCGCAGAAUUUGCUUUGCUCCACCACUGGUCGAAGCAAGACGCUGAUCGGGCAGUAUACAUCGCUCCAUUCCAAGAGCUGGUUGAUCUCCGGUUUCAAGAUUGGCGGAGUCGAUUUGCAAAACUCCGUGGGGGCAAGGAAAUCGUUAAAUUGACGGGAGAAACGACGGCCGACUUAAAACUCCUCGACCGAGGCGACUUGAUACUCGCAACUCCAGCCCAAUGGGACGUUCUGUCACGACAAUGGCAACGCCGAAAGAACGUCCAGAACAUUCAACUCUUCAUUGCUGACGAGUUGCACAUGCUUGGUGGCCAAUCUGGUUUUGUGUAUGAGAUCAUUGUUUCUCGAAUGCAUUACAUCCGAUCACAGACCCAACUUCCUCUUCGAAUCGUCGGGCUUAGUGUCUCACUAUCUAAUGCCCGAGAUAUUGGCGAGUGGAUCGAUGCAAAGAAGCACAACAUAUACAAUUUCAGCCCGCAUGCCCGCUCUGUGCCCUUGGAGCUCCACAUACAGUCAUUCACAAUUCCUCACUUCCCAUCACUAAUGCUUGCCAUGGCGAAGCCGGCCUACCUGUCCAUUCUUCAGAUGUCUCCGGAUACACCUGCAAUUGUUUUCGUCCCCAGCAGAAAGCAGGCUCGAGCCACAACGCGGGACUUGUUGCUAGCUUGUGCGGCCAGCGAUGAUGAAGACCGAUUCCUGCACGCCAAUGUCGAAGAAAUGAUGCCGAUCCUGGAACGAAUUCAGGAAGAAGCUUUAGCUGAGGCUAUAUCUCAUGGAAUCGGUUACUAUCAUGAAGCUCUGAGCACCAACGACAAACGAAUCGUGAAGCAUCUUUAUGAACAGGGGGCUAUCCAAGCCCUAGUCGCUUCUCGUGAUGUCUGCUGGGAGCUAGAUUGCACAGCACACUUGGUCAUUGUUAUGGGUACCCAAUACUAUGAGGGCCGAGAGCACCGAUAUGUAGAUUACCCAUUGAGUGAGGUUCUCCAAAUGUUCGGCAAAGCAUCGCGCCCACUUGAAGACAAACUUGGCAGAGGAGUGCUGAUGGUACCCGCUGUAAAGCGCGAGUAUUACAAGAAAUUUUUGAACGAGGCCUUGCCAAUAGAGAGUCAUCUCCAGGUCUAUCUGCACGAUGCUUUCGUUUCCGAGAUCAGCACGAAGAUGAUUGAGUCUGCCGACGAUGCCAUUAAUUGGACUACGUUCACAUACUUCUAUCGUCGCCUUCUCGCAAAUCCUAGCUACUACAGUCUCAUAGAUACCUCUCACGACGGUCUCAGUGCCCAUUUGUCAGAGCUCGUGGAAAUCACGCUGAAGGAUCUCGCCGAAUUCAAGAUCAUCGACGUAGACGAGGAAGAAGAUACAGUGACACCGCUAAAUGCUGCUAUGAUUGCUGCGUACUACAACAUUUCAUACAUUACCAUGCAAACGUUCUUGUUGUCAUUGAGCGCUAGGACGAAGCUCAAGGGCAUCCUCGAGAUUGUUACAUCGGCCACAGAAUUUGAGUCGAUCCAGAUCAGAAGACACGAGGAUAGCUUACUCCGACGAAUCUAUGACAGAGUUCCUGUCAAGAUGGCACAGCCUAGCUACGACUCCCCGCAUUUCAAGGCGUUUGUUCUCCUUCAAGCACAUUUCUCCAGGAUGCAGUUGCCUAUCGAUCUCGCAAAGGACCAGGAGAUUAUAUUGACCAAGGUUCUCGGCUUGCUCAGUGCCACUGUCGAUGUUCUGUCUUCUGAUGGCCACAUCAAUGCGAUGAAUGCCAUGGAAAUGUCGCAGAUGGUUGUGCAGGCUAUGUGGGAUCGUGACAGUCCUCUGAAGCAAAUUCCUCACUUCACGCCUGAAGUCAUUAAGGCCGCCAAUGAAUCUGGGAUCAAGGAUAUAUUUGAAUUCAUGGAUGCGAUGGACCCCGAGAACCCUAAUUACACUACACUCAUCAAACAUCUGGGGUUGUCGCAAAAUCAGCUGGUUCAGGCAGCAAAUUUUACAAACUCGAAAUAUCCCAAUAUCGAGCUCGAUUUCGAAGUUGAGGAUCCGGACGAAAUCACAGCUGGAGCUCCAGCGUACAUCAAGGUCAAAAUUACUAGAGAGGUUGACGAGGAUGAAGAGUCAGUCGAUUUGGACUCUACUGUUCAUGCACCUUUCUACCCUGUGAAGAACAAGAUGGAAAAUUGGUGGCUGGUUGUGGGUGAGGAGAGCUCAAAGACACUCCUUGCGAUCAAGCGGAUCACUAUUGGAAGGGCCUUGAAUUUGCGCCUCGAGUACACUGUGCCAACCCCUGGAGAGCACGAGUUGAAAUUGUUCCUGAUGAGUGACAGCUACGUUGGAGUUGAUCAAGAUCCGAGCUUCACAGUCAAUGUUGCAGAGGGGAUGGAUGAAGAUGAAGAUGAUGAAGAAGACGAGGAGUAA